AUGAUGACAACAAUAGGAAAAGAAUCAAUAGCAUUGAUGUUAACAACAACAGCUCCCGGACCAUCAACGACAACAACUACAGGACCAUCAACGACAACGACUACAGGACCAUCAACGACAACAACUACAGGACCAUCAACGACAACGACUACAGGACCAUCAACGACAACAGAAGCAGGUCUCAUCUCACUUGAGAGUAUUGAUGGAAUUGUCUAUGGCGUAUAUAAUACAAAGAUAAAUCAGAAUAGUGAAGCAUCAACAUCUGGCGACUCAUCUGGUAACUAUCCUGCAAGUCAGUCACCAGCUCAGGCAUGUGACGGCAAUCCUCAAACGAAGUAUUUAAGUUUUGGAAGGUGUUCAGGUGGCGAACAUGGAGUUGAAUGUGGUUCGGAUACUGGUUUUUAUCUGGAGUUGAAGCGAGGUGCAUCAUUAGUUACAGGAUUACAAAUCUGCACAGGUGAAGAUUUUGAAGAACGCGAUCCACUUACAGUGUCAUUAGAAGGAAGCAAUCAGUCUGGUACAGCUCUCACUCUCGGCUCAAGCUGGACUCUGAUCUACAAUGGAACUAGUGGUCUCGAAAAAGAGCCUGAUAGACUCACCUGUGGAAUUGUACAGCCAACCAAUAAUUCAAUUCAGUAUAAAAGUUAUCGGUUUCUUGUUUCGAGCAAGAGGGGCUUUCAGAACAGUGUUCAGUAUUCUGAAUUAAAGCUACUUGAAUAA